AUGUCUGAGACUCCCGAGACAACUCAACAGACUGGAGGCUCUCUUGCCGACCGCAUCUCCAAGCCCGAGGCUCCCCCUACCGAUGCCCCUGAGGCUGGCCAGGAUGGUGCGGGUGGUGGUGCUUCGGGCUCCGCCCUCCAGGAGCCUGACUACUCAGUCGAGGUCAAGCUGAGUGACCUGCAGGCGGAUCCAAAUAACCCCCUGUUCUCCGUCAAGACUUUCAAUGACCUUGGCCUGGAUGAGCGCAUCCUCAAGGGUCUUUCCUCCAUGAACUUCCGCCAACCCUCCAAAGUUCAGGAGCGCGCCCUUCCUCUCCUCAUGGUUAACCCCCCUAAGAACCUAGUUGGUCAAUCUCAGUCCGGUACUGGCAAGACUGCUGCUUUCGUUCUCAACAUUUUGAGCCGCAUCGACCUCUCCACCGAGCAGUCGCAGAUUACCCCCCAGGCUCUGAUCUUGGCUCCGACUCGUGAGCUAGCGCGUCAGAUCGUUGGUGUAAUCCAAUGCAUGGGUCAGUUCCUCGACGGAUUGAUCAUCGGUACUGCUGUGCCCACCGACGCUGCCGCUCGCCCUUCCCAGAUGGAUUGCUCUGUCGUGGUUGGUACCCCAGGUACCGUGCAGGACAUGAUCAAGAGGCGUCGAUUGAACCCUACUCAACUCAGGGUUCUGGUGUUGGAUGAGGCCGACAACAUGCUGGACUUGCAGGGUAUGGGUGAUCAGUGUAUUCGUGUCAAGGCGAUGCUUCCCAAGACCAUUCAAGUUGUUCUCUUCUCUGCGACAUUCCCCGCCCAUGUCUACCGCUACGCGACCAAGUUUGCCCCAGAGGCCAACGAAAUUACUUUGAAGCACGAGGAAUUGACCGUUGACGGCAUCAAGCAGCUCUACAUGGACUGCAACAACGAGGAGGAGAAGUACACCAACCUUGUGCAGCUUUAUGGUCUGCUGACCGUUGGCUCAUCCAUCAUCUUCGUCCGCACUCGCAAAUCGGCCGAGGAGAUUGAGAAGCGCAUGGUUGCUGAGGGACACACUGUGGCAUCCCUCACUGGUGGAAUCGAGGGCUCCCAGCGUGACGCUGUUAUUGACGCCUUCCGCAGUGGAGAAGCCAAGGUUCUCAUCACUACCAACGUCCUUGCUCGUGGAAUUGACGUCUCGACUGUUUCCCUGGUUGUUAACUAUGAUAUUCCUGAGUCCUACCAGGCCGGCUCGCGUUCUACGGAGCCGGAUUACCAGACCUACCUUCACCGUAUCGGCCGCACCGGUCGGUUCGGCCGUAUCGGUGUCGCUAUCUCGUUUGUUGCAAACCGGGAUGAGUGGGAGAUGCUCCGUAUGAUUCAAGAGCACUUCGGCUGUACCAUUGAUCGCAUCGACACCAGUGACUGGGAUGAGGUUGAGGAUAUGAUUAAAAAGACGAUCAAGAACUCGCGUGCCCAGGCCAACUUUGCCACUGGACAAUAG